AUGAGCCUGGCAAAUUAUGCAGGCGUCGCCACAGGAAAAACGAGAAAAGCGGGACAGCCCCUCUCAGUCAAUAAAGACCUUAGUGGGAACUUGCACCAGCCUCAGAUGCCUGUCCCACUUACUGAGCGAUGCGCAAACCGCCUGACCCUGCUAUUCCUUUUUACUGACCAGCCACCGCACGGCGAGUUGAAGGACCUCCUGAAGUGGCAACGGGAUCUCGAGGCUCACCCGGAGUACUCGGCGCUCGUUUACCCGCCUGGUCCAUCUCGAGCGGCAGGUGCAGGCGGGCGAAGGGAAGACGGGGCUAGCCAACCGUCUGCGAUGUAUUUCAACUUGCAGAGAAACGCGAGAGAAGCCAAGACCCACUUGGGAAAUGAGGAUCUGUACCAAGUGGCGUAUUUAUGCAGCGAAUCUUCUUCCUACUUUCUUCGGUGGCUCAGCCUUCGAUCCAUGAGGCACAUCGCACGCCACUUCGGCCCACAAAUGGAUAGGCAUGCAGCGGUCGGGAACUCCGCGUUUUCUUUGAACGAUUGUGCUCCCUCCUUGUGGGGGGCGUUCCUUGCGCAUGCUGGCGAAGGAGGUCGGAAAAUAGUCGAGGCGACAGGUCUCACUUUCCGGCCGGAAAUGGUUACGACGAUGCUCAUCGAUCGUACGGGCCUCGUCAGGUGGCAUGCAGUUGGAGCGCCCACGGACGAGGCUGUCCAGCUACUCAUAGACGCAAUGAAGGCGCUUCGGCGAGAAGUCCCCGGCGGUGUGCGGAGCAGGACACGUCUGAACUUGUAA